UUGAACUCCCGAUUAAGCCAGAAUAGAGUCACGAAGGUCACAAGAACAUGGAAGGGAUUAAUGCAUACACCAAAUUUGCACUGGUCACUGUUCUGUCCUGCUGUUUGGUGCGUGCGCUACAAGCUGCCGACCCUAUUACAUGUCUCCAAUGUGAUGGCGUGACGUCACUAACAAACUGUUUAACGACUGUUACCUGCAAACCAAAUCAGGUCUGUUUCGUUGAAAGACGCUCCGUUCUAAACGGGACAGAUCCAAAUUCCUCGGCACAGCAGCCAUCUGAGGUUAUCCUGUAUAGCGCUGGAUGUAAGGACAGUGAGCACUGUACGGAUAGUCAGUGCGCUGGUGACAUCUCACAAGCGACGGUCAAAGGUUACGAUGGUAUUCGUACAUACCACCGCUGCUGUUCUUAUCAUGUUUGUAAUGCGCAAGGUUUUCAUUCCACUGUGAGUGACCCGUGGAACCGCCUUUGUCUAACAUGUGACAAUGCUGCAACAGCAGACAGUUGUACCACUAUUAAACAGUGCGGCGAGGAUCAGAUGUGUUCGUCGUCGUUACUCUACCCGGACGCAAAUAUGAAAAUGGAAUGUCUCUCAAAGAAAGUGUGCGACGUAGUUAGUAGCACUAUUAGGAAGCGGCUCCACGAUGGUGAUGUCCUGGCGACACGAUGUUGUGAUGGUCCCUUGUGUAACAAUCAGAAUAUGUACGGUACUACACCUACAGUUACAACAACAUCUCCACAAACAACUCCACCUCAGUGUACAGAAAAAGAUAUGUUCAGACUAUCGACAGUAAUGUCAACAGUGACGACUCUUUUGACACGUGCACCGCCGCCUCCACAGACGCCAACACCUGGGGCUAGACCUGAUGGCUCUUUUGUACCUACUCCACCAUCUCCGGCACCACUAAAAAAUUCUAUACCCAGACCAACCACUCAGACACCUAUGCCAAUACCUUUUUCCAGUCCUCGGCCAACUCCACCAACCCCAGCUCCAGUGAUAACAACCAGUCCUAGACCAACUCCACCAACACCAGCGCCAGUUACCAUUAAUAGCCCUAGACCAACUCCACCAACACCAGCGCCAGUAACCAUUACCAGCCCUAGGCCAACUCCACCAACAAUAGCGCCAGUAAUAAUAACCACUCCUAGACCAACUCCACCAACACCAGCGCCAGUAAUAAUAUCCACUCCUAGACAAACUCCUACAACACCUGGACCAGUGCCUCCUUCCAGUCCCAGACCAACUCCACCAACCCCAGCACCAGUAUAUAUUACCAGUCCUAGAUUAACUCCUCCAACACCUAGACCAGUUACUCCCUCCAGCCCUUGGCCAACUCUUCCGACUUUAACACCAUUUAUCAAUAUUACUCCUAAACCAACUCAAAUGAGCCCAGGACCAGUAGCAGUUACCAGUCAAGGACCAACUCCACCAACACCUGAUCCAGUGACUCAAACUCUUGCUACUGCACCAGCUACACCAUCGGGUGUUGCACAGUCUUGUAGUGACAGGCCUGGGAUUCAAUGCGAGUUUAUGGCUGAAAUUAACAUUUGCUCUGUCCAUAAUCUUGCGGUUAAGUAUUGCAUGAAGUUUUGUGGUCUUUGUACAUCUUAGAAAAAUAAAUAUUUGUCA